AUGCAAAUAAGCCCACUACAUGGGGAGACUUCAGUUGGUUCCUAUAGCCCUGAAACUAAUACGGUACUGAAGAGACUCCCGUUAAUAUUGAUCUUCCAUUGUUACAUCAAGGUUGCACGUUUACUUUACGAAUACUACGACCCUAUGAAGGAUUGUGGGCUUACUGAACCACUUGGUGUUGAAGAUGGUACCAUUCCAUCAGAUAAGCUCAUAGCAUCUUCAGCAUAUAAAAAGUAUACUGCUCAACAUGGACGACUGAACUCAACAUCAGGAUGGAUACCUGAAUAUUUGAACCAGAAUCAAUGGAUUCAAGUCGACCUCGAUGAUGUGAAAUCGGUUAUUGGUUUAGUAACACAAGGGCUAAGUGACGGGCCUUUAUGGGUGACAUCAUAUAAAGCUAUUUGGCAUAAUAAUGAUACCACAUUUCAUGUGAUAUUAAAUGAAAAUGGUACUGAGAUUUUAAAGGGAAACACGGAUCAAAACACUGAGGUGACACAAAUGUUCCAAUCUACUAUUUACACUCAAUUCAUCCGCAUUUGUCCAAUGGAAUGGCAUAUCUACAUUGCUCUAAGAUUUGAGCUUCUUGGUCCACGUCCAGGUUUCUAUGCACUUGGUGUUGAAGAUGGUACCGUUCAGCUCACAGCAUCUUCUGUGUAUGACAAUAAUUAUCAUGUUGAUGAAGGACGACUGAAUACACAACCUGACGAAAAUAGUGGAUAUGGAGCAUGGGUCCCUAAGUCGAACAGCCAGGGAGAAUGGAUUCAAGCCAACCUCAGUGAUGUGAAAUCAGUUAUUGGUGUAGUAACACAAGGAAAUCCGUAUUCACCACUAUGGGUGACAUCAUAUAGUGUUUCUUGGAGUGAUAAUGGUAUCAACUUCACUUUUGUAGAAAAUGUAAAUGGUACUGAGAUAAAUACACUAUCCUCAACGAUCACCAAUUUGGGUUUCGUGAAAACCAUUCGACUUCUGAUGCCAUUAUGGAUCUUAUCGCCAACAUUACGACAGGAUUUGAAAACAGGAAAUUCUUAGUCAGCGUGUUUAUUGACCUUUCUAAGGCCUUUGAAUGUUAUUGAUCAUGAUAUUUUGCUUAAAAAGCUACAUUACUAUGGAAUCAGAGGUAUUGCUUUACAUUGGUUCUCUAGUUACUUAAGUUGUAGGAAACAAUAUGUCAUUGUUAACUCAAAUAAAUCAAAUCUCGCAGGCAUAACGUGUGGCGUACCACAAGGGUCAGUAUUAGGCCCUUUGCAGUUUCUAAUUUAUGUUAACGACAUUCAUUUGGUUAGUAAUGUAUUUAAAACGGUAUCUUUCGCUGAUGAUACAACUGUUUUCCUAUCAGGAGAUAAUCUUGAUCAACUGUUAACUAAUAUAAACAAUGAACUUGUAAAGGUAUCUGAUUGGCUCAGCAUUAACAAACUAUUGUUUAUUGCUAAAAAUAAUUAUGUAAUUUUCCAUCCAACUCAGAAGAAAUGCCCUGAAAUUGACAAUUGUCUUAAAAUCAAUGGUAAAGCAAUAGCUCAACAGAAAGAAGUUCAAUUCUUGGGUAUAAUUUUAAAUUAACAUAUUAACUGGAAAAUUCAUAUUGACUUAAUUGCAAGAAAAAUCUCUAUCGAUAGGAGUAAUUGGCAGAGUCAAACAGUUUUUCCCUACAAAUGUUUUACUCGCUCUUUACAAUUUAAUUUAAUUUUGCCUUACCUCCAGUAUGGUAAUAUUAUAUUGGGAAGUGACUAUCCCUCAAACCUUGUUAAAAUAUAUACCUCCAAAAACGAAUUAUUCGUAUAAUUACAUCAUCACCAUAAAGGUGCAAUGCUGAACCACUAUUAUCAACAUAAUCUUUUGAAUAUUUUUGACAUUAAUAAGGUACAAGUAGGAUGCUUUAUGUAUAAACAUACCCAUGAAAUGUUACCAAAUGUGUUUAAGGAUCUAUUUCAGUACAAAGGUAAUGUUCAUAACUAUUGGACAAGGCAAUGUAAUAGGCUUCGUAUUCCGUUUGUUAGGCUGAAUAAAAGCCAAUUCUCAAUUUGUGUCUAUGGCCCGCAGGUAUGGAACAAUAUUGAUAGUAAACUAAAAAAAUCAAAUACUUACUUACUUUUAGGAAACUCCUAAAAAAGGAAAUUAUCUUAAAUUAUCAAUAGGUACUUUUAUACUCUUUUUUGUUGUUUGUUUGUUUCUUUUUUUUUUUUUUUUUGAAUGUUUGUCUUUGUAUUUGUUAAAGGGACAGUGGAGACAAGCCUAGGCUUCUGAACUGGUCCCUCACCCAUUAUAUGUGUUUUUUGUUGUCUUUGGUGAAAUAAAUGUCACGUUGAUUUAUUGAUUCGCUGAUUCAAAAAUAAAUUAGCAAGGAAUGAAAAUUAAAAUUUUGUACAUUACACCCAUACACCGCAACGCUCAAGUUUCAAACAUACGGGUAAACUAGCUGUACUUAACUUUCUGUGUAAGUUGAGGAUGCAACUGCAAAUGAUUUCGCUUAGGCUAAAUUUGAUUGGCUAAAUCUAUGGCAGCCAUCAUGGAUGGUACACACACUGUAAAAAAUGUCAGUAAUUUUACGUUUACCGUAAUUAAGUUUACUGUAAAAACAAGGGUCACUACCGUGUGAUUGUAUUUUUACGGUAUUUUUUAUAUAAUAAUACGAUAGAUUGGUGUUUUGUUGUAAAUUUCCGGUAACAUAUCUUUUUUCUACAGGUUAAAAAUCGUCCGUGUAUUUCGACGGAAUUUUUAUGUAAAUAUACGGUGAAUUCGUAAAUUCAAUGUGUUCGGCGGUUAAAUGACGUCGUCAUAUUACUGUUUUCCGUAAUUUAACAGGUCAAAAUCAACAUUUACGCUAAUUAACGUUGGAGUUCGUAAUGUUCAUUUAUAAACUGGCGUAAUUUUACAGUACAAAAUAUUGUUUUAACAAGUACUAUGAAUUUUAACGGUAUUUUUGUAUAACAAUGAUGAGACUGAACUCACACUUCGCCAUGUUAAAUAACGGUUCACCUUCGCGGGUAAAAUUAACAUUUUUCAGUAAUUUUACGUUCGCCGUUGUAAUCCUACUAUCAGUAAAAAAGUGUCUGUUAUUUUACGUUUACUAAAAUCCAAUUUACUGUGAAAAUAACGUUAACUACCGUAAAAUUGUAUUUUAACGGUAUCUUGUAUAAUAAAAAUACGAUGUUGUUGAUUUGUUGUAGCCUAAAUUACAGGUAUCAUAUCGUUUUUCUACAGGAUAAAAUCGCCAUUGUGUUUUAAUGUCAGAGCUCGGAAUUUAAGCUACAAAUUGGUAUAAAUUUACCUACCUUAACCGUUAAGUAUUGUAGUAAUAAAGAAAAGGAAUUGCUAUGUAAAUAUACGAUGAAUUCGUAAAUUUAAUGUGUUUGCUGUUUAAUUUUACGUCGUCAUAUUACUGUUUUCCGUAAUUUAACAGGUCAAAAUCAAUAUUUACGUUAAUUAACGUUGGAGUUCGUAAUGUUCAUUUAUAAACUGGCGUAAUUUUACAGUACAAAAUAUUUAGUACGGCAGCU